AAGAGAUAAAGCCGGAUGGAUCGGUCAUCACCCCGACCCAUCCAGAGCUUUCGAGCGUGCCGUCGCUCUCUCUCUCUCGCGUCUCUCUCUCCUGCGUCUGCGCCGAGCCUGUCGUCGGUCUGCUCCUGCCGCUGCUGUGCGGUGCUGCGCCGCCAGCCGCCGUCUCCUCCACCGGGCCAGCACAACGCCGCCGCUGCGCCGCGCUCGCCGUGCUGCUGCUGCGCGCGCUGCUGCCGUGCGCAGUCGCCGCACCGCUGCGCCGUUCCCGCCGCCGGCGCCGCCGCCUGCCUGCGCCGUGCGCCUGCUCCGGCCACCGCGGGCUCUCCCUCUCUCUGUGGCCUGGCCGAAGAAGCAGCAGUAGCCGCCGGCCAGCCGGCCGAAGCAGCGCCGAGCGGAGAGCCAGGAAGAGAAGCCAGGAAGAAAAGGAAGAAAGAGAAGAAAAAAAAAGGAGAAAAAGAGAAGAAAAGAGAAGAAAAAAAGGGAAGAAGAAGAAAAAGGGAAAAAGAAGAAAAAGGGAAAAGUUGGAAAUUUCGGAAUUUCGUCAGAUUCGUCGUCAAUCUUUCGAAGGCGAUUUUUCGGUGGUACUAUUUCCGGACGUUCUUGAUCAAAUUUUCUUCACCGUCGGUAAAGGCAAGUGAAUGUAUUGUAUGACUAUGCUUUAACCUAAUAUUGGGUUGCCUACAUUCUUUAAUUACAGUGCAUUCAUCUAAUCUGAAUGACUGAUUCUGAGCUGGGUACUAUGUUGUUUACGUUUCCAGAAGUUUACUCGAUGAUUGAUUUAUAAAGUGCAGUAGGCACGAUAUGCCAUUCUGCAGUUGUUCUUUAGUGUUGUAUGCAAUGUUUUUUUUGAAGUCUCAAGCAUAUUCCGGAAGUUAUGUUGGUUAUGCUUGAAGCACGUCAUACAUAUACAUCUCAUGCAUUGGAAGUUUGUCGUCGUCUUCUGACCACGACCGUACCGGUACAGUACCGUAUGUCACCCGAGGAGGGGUACGGUGCACACCCUUACGUUACCCGAGGAGGGGUAAGGGUGAGGAGAGCAUAUCAUGUGCAUGGUUAUGUCUUUUUAUGAAAUUCAAUGAAUCAUUCGCAUCAAAUCUUAUUUCCUUUAGUUAGCUUGUAUAUAGAUAUAUAUGCGGCUCUGAAGGCUUAUACCAACCGAAUGUUAAAAUUUUAAUGUUAUCGUUGGACUUGCUUAGUCAUAAUUGUUUCUCCUAGUGUUGGCGGUCUGUUUCAUUACUAGUUUCUAUUUAGAAUUGUUAGCACAUUCAACUGUGGCUAAAUAGCUUUUUGUUAAAGUACCUUUCACUUGCUGAGAUUUUUGAAUCUCACCCAUGUUUUCUUUACAGGUAUGUUUAGAUGUUGACGUGCAUUUUGGGAAUGGAUCUCAGUAGCUGCACACACUAACUUAUCACGAUGUCGAUAGCUCAACCGGUGUAUACAAGUGGUGUGUCUGAUGGUCCGUCGUUUGUUUUUGUUUAUGUUGUGGUGCGACGUUGGUAGCGUCGCGGCGGACUCUAUAUAUAUACUGGUUAUAUCUGUCAUAUACUGUCUGCCUGUGAUCUCUUUUGGUCAGUUAUACCGUCCUAUAGAGGAAAUGCUGUCAAAA